GUGAUCUACAAACUGAUGGGCUUUCUUUGAAAUACGACUUAUCAAUAUUAAUAAAAAUAGUAUAGAAUCAACAUAAAGUCAUUAUCCUUUUUUACCAUAGUUGUGUUGGGAACGGUCAAAAUAUUUAGUCUGCAGGUUAUUAUUGCUGUAAUUCAACCUUCACUUGCGGCGGUUAUUCAGAGCCAUUAAGAAGGCCUUGUGCCUUUCCGUCUCAUGAUGUUGCUCGUGCUUUGGUUGAUUGUAUUUGUCUUUGAAACACCAUAUGGUGCAUCCACUAGAGAACAAUACUUGCAAUUCAUCCCUGUUAAUGGAGUUAGACAUGACACCUAUUUCUAUGAACAUCCUGGUCUGAGAAAUCUCAUUGAAAUAGAUGCCACUAUUAAACAGCAGGUUCGUAUCAGGAUUGUCGAACAUCUGAACGAGCUUCCUGUGCUAAGAAUCCAUUGCAUUGUUGCUCCACUCGAUUCGACUCAUGAACUCGUCUCCGCUUACUUAUGUCGCAGGAAGUCUACGCACGAUUCAGAUGAAUGCAUUGAUCCUAAAACAAGAAAUGUUAUUUUCGGCCGGGUUGAGUUUAGUGCUAAUGGCAAUAGAUCUGCAGGCUACACGUUUUCUUCUAGGCUGCCUGUUAAAGAUGAACUGCUUGACGGCUUUUACUUCUGCAAGUAUCAUAACCGAAAUGGAGAGCUAAUUUCAAAUUUUAUUGAAAUACAGGAUGCGUAUUACUAUCACAAACGUAUGGUUAGACGACCUGUAAAGCAAACUGAGUAUUUGCCACCUUUAUCUAUCAAUGAUCUUCCCUUGAGUCUGGAAUGUGGACAAACUAAAGUAUCUGAGGCGUUACCAAGUUGGGCUGAUGCAGCAUUCCCCAGUCCAUUUAUGUGGUCAUUUUGUGAUGUAGACAGUCCUGAUGGUAUACAAUCUGCUGGCUGCAUGCGUAGAGUUCGUCAAACAUCCAUUCAUGUUACAAAUUAUUUCGAAAGUUAUGUCUCUCCGAAUGGUACUUUGGUAUUAUACAAGCGCACAGCGUCAGCUUGGAAAGACAUGGGUUUGGUGUGCUGGAGCCACUUGGAUUCCUCAGCUGUUUAUUCUACCUAUUUUGGUGGUUCAAAUGAGCGGCCUAAAUUGUUGACUUAUGACUCCAAUAUACCAUUCGUUGGUAGUGGAAUUACUGUGUUAUCACCCCUCACACAAAGGAUUACUGUUCGAAUUGGACCACAAACUGGUCUCAAGUUAAUGACUAAGUAUCGAUCUAAUCCAGAGCACACGAUUGUCAAAUGGACCAAAGACGGCAAAAGAAUUCCAUCUAAUUUUCCAGGACAUAAUGAUUAUCUAUUAAAGUUUCCUGAUUUCAUCCGCCGAGAGCACUCUGGGACUUACAAUUUACUUGUGGAAAAUGGAUAUGAUCAAGUUAAUUUUCAAUUCUUAGUGAGUGUGGUUGGUCCACCUGAAGUUAUACGUGCUCCUCCACCUUUACUUUUAGUAAUGGAGGGAGAAAAUGUUACAUUUAGCUGUCAGUUGGAUUCGUUUAUAACGGAGUCUUUAGAAAUCAAUGGCCUACCUUAUCAACCGAAUCCUACUAAUUUUCGUACUGAACUAAGAGAUCAAUAUCCGUACUUAAAAGAUGCUUUGAUACAACCAUUGCAAAGAAAUGGUCAUAUUUUAACUUAUUCAGCCUAUAAUUUGAUGUUUACACCUGGUAGUAAAAUUGGACCAACUCAUACUGUCAGCUUGGUUGGGAAAAAUGAAUAUGGCUUGGCUCGAGUAUCUACUCUUGUCAGAGUACUACCCCGAAUAAAUAUCUUAAAUGCUCCAAAGGAUUACUCAUGUACUACCGAUUGCUUAAACUCUGUUUCACAUACAUUCGAUUGUGUUAUCGAUACGGAUCCUUAUCAGUCUACUUACUUUGUACAAACAUGGGAAUUGAAUGGUAUUUCUGUGUCGAAAAUGACAAAAGAUUAUCAACAGUCGAAAUUUAUUAAAACAGAAGGCACAAAAUUGAUAAUCACACCCGUUGAUGAUCCGUCCUUAACUGUAUUGUUUCGAAAAGUGAAUGUGACAUGUCGUUGGCGUAUCUUUUAUCCACAUGUGACCUCUCGUAUUGCAGAUCUGGAUACCAGACUUUUAGAACCGGAUAUGAAGGUGUAUGACUCUCAUGAUGAUGUAAAAAUCCAUCCACUUAUGACAGCAGCAUUGGAUCUACAAGUGGAUCAUGAUCCAACUCCUGCAUCAGCUAACAUAUCUUGGAUAACAGCUGUGAUUAUCGGUAUCCUUGUUAUAAUUGCGAUCGGAGUUCUAACUGCUUGUUUGGUCAUGAGAUUCCGUGGAGAAACUUAUAUGCUGGAUCGUGAAGAACGUGCUCUUGGAAAUGAUCCAGAAAAAGAACUACGUGAAAAAGAAGCAUUUCAAACUUAUGAAAGAGCAGAAGAACCGCCACUUCGAGGCAGUCGUUGUUCAUUAAAUGAUGACAGUGCUGAAAUUGGCAGUGAUGGAGAUGGUGAACUUGACGAUUAUAAUCUUGAUCCUGGUAAAUUCAAUGAAGAAGGCUCUUUCAUUGGGGAAUAUGCAACAGAGAGGCACAAAGGCCCAUCAAAUCGUUUACCAACUCUUGAUCGAAACUACAAUCCAGCAGUUUAGAUAAAGUAACACAGUUCUUGCUAAUUUUCCCGUCCAAUUUUUAUUUGUUAACUAAAAGUUAAAAUUUUUGAUUUUUACCACAUCAAAUAAAUUCUUGAAAUUAACCAAGUGGUAAACAAGCAGAUUAUUCCUUAACUUUUUUUCCUCACCAGUAAAUCAAAAUAUUCAAUUCAUUCUUCAUUCCCUUUGAAAUUCACAAUUUAAGAGAUCUAACUCAUUGAGUUAACUUAAUUUGUUUCAUUUUGUGUACUUACACUCUUUUUUUAUUGUUUAAUGUUUCACAUCUGGUUUGAAAAUGGGGAAUGUUCUUUAAUCUUACCUUUUCUUUUUACGAAAAAUAAUUCCCUCUUUUGUUUGCUUUUUUGCUCUUCUUCUUUCCUAUUGCCGAAUCUCACUGUUAUCUCCUUGUUGUUGGGUCUGUUUUCUUUUAUCGUAUAUUUUUUUUCAAAAAAAAAUAUUACAAAAAGAGCAAAAGCUUACAUCAGUAUAUUCAAAAAAUAACGCAUCAGCUAGUCCUAGGAUUCUUUUGUUUACUUGUUAGAAAAUAAAAACAAGUGCAUUAUUUUUACCAAUUUACACAGCUGCUGUUUUAUGAUAAACACAACGAAAAAUACAAUUUGUGUUUAUUGUUUUGUUUUCUUUUCCUCAAUUAUAUGUAUAUCAUUUAACUGCUGUUCAAAAUGCUUUUAUCUGAAUGAUUUUUUUUAUACUGUAGGACUUAUUAAUAUUAUUGUUCAUUUAUUGUAUUAAACUAUUUAUGUCUAUACAUGUACUGUUUUUAUAAUUGUUUGUCAUUAUUAGUUGUAUUUAAUCGUUGUCUUUACUAUAUUAUUACUUGUUAAUUGUAUCUGAACUUUUGUGCAUUACUGUAAUGUAUUACAUGAAUGCUUCCUUUCUAUGUAUACGUUAUUUGGUUUAAACAAUGUUCUAAUGUUGACCAUUUGUUUGUGUCAGUCUACAUUUUCUUCAUUCUUGUCAUUAUCUUAUCAUCUGACAUCUGUUCGAUCUCAUAUGUUAUGUACAUACACGUUUUGUGUAUGUGCACAUGCCAACACUGAUCUAUUCUGUAUUGAUUGUUGUUUUAUACAUUACCGCUACGGCUUUUAUAUGGACUUUGAAGUGUAAUACAAAAAGUUACUUUAUAUAGAUAAAUAUAUAUAUAUAUAUAUCACCUUGGUUUAUUUAACAACUUUUCGCUUUUUUUAACCAAAAAUCAAACUUUUGUUUAUUUUUUUUACCUCCAUCUGUUUUGUUUCCGUUUUUAUGCAAAUUGUUAAAUGCUAUCUUUUAACUUUUUGUUGUUAUUUUGUUCUUUAAAGAUUAAAUGAUUAUCAAUGCUUUUUUGUAUACUAUUAAUGAAUGCUUUUUGAAUCGUUUCUGUAUAACAUAUGUCUAAAUAAGAAAUAUAUAUCUAUACUUACAGCUAA